CACCAAUUUAUCGCGUAUAAAACAGUUUCGCCGCAACGGCUUUUAUUUGACCAACUGGGAUUAAAUCACCAACCACAUCACGACUCACUUCCAAUUCUACGAAUCACCUCGACUCCGGCCGCUCAAGUGUUCUUCUCCCUCCUCAUCCUCAUUCUCGACUCGUAUUGCAAAUUCUACUACGACAUUGCUACGUCUGCCCCAUGCGCCUGUCUCCUGCCGUGCGCUCUGCUGCUCUGUCGCCUCUCCGAGUCUGCCCUCGCUGGGGCAGAUGACAACGACUGUCGCCUGUCCUAUCGCCGACUCUUCAUAACCUACUCUUCCUACGCAGACCAUCCUCGGCGUCUGUUUCGCUCAUCAUAAUGAAAUCCUCGCAUACCAUCAACAGCCUGAAGCGCUGGUCAUCCAAGAGCAAGGAACUGCCGGCCCCAUCCACCAUCAAGGCGAUCCAUGUGUACGAUUUCGACAACACGCUCUUCAGCAGUCCGCUUCCGAACCCUCAAAUAUGGACGCCACCCACGAUCGGGAUGCUUCAAGCCUAUGAAACGCUCGCCUAUGGAGGAUGGUGGCAUGAUUCCAGCAUACUGGCCGCGACGGGCGAGGGCAUCGAGAAAGAAGAACCCCGGGCCUGGGAGGGAUGGUGGAACGAGACGAUAGUGCAACUGGUGGAAUUGAGCAUCCAAGCCAAGGAUGUGCUUACGGUCCUCCUGACAGGACGAGGGGAGACCAAUUUCGCCGAGCUGAUCAACCGGAUAGUGAAUGCGAAAAAGCUCGACUUCGACCUGGUCGUUCUCAAGCCCGAGGUUGGCCCAUCUGGACAACACUUCGAGACGACGAUUGCAUUCAAGCAGGAAUUCCUCAAAGAGAUGGUCUUUACCUACAAACACGCAGAAGAGAUUCGGAUUUACGAGGACCGCCCCAAACACGUCAAGGGGUUCCGCGAAUACUUUGAGAAACUGAACAAAUCCUUACUAUCUCAUCCCGCCGACCAGCCACCACCUCCACGAAAACCCAUCACCACCGAAGUCAUCCAUGUGUGCGAACUUAGGUCUUCUCUCAACGCGGAAACCGAAAUUGAGGUUGUGCAACGGGCCAUCAACCGCCACAAUCAUGCCAUUUCCACGGGCGGACUGAAUCCGACCAAGAGUGUAAGGAAACAACUGAAGAUAGUCGAACAGUUUUCGUAUUUUGGCUACUUGAUCAACCAGACCGACUCUGCCCGCCUCAUCAGCUUAUGCAAUGCCACUCCCAACCUCAUCGACUCCGGUGAAGUUCGACUGCUUGCCUCCAGCAUCCUCAUCACUCCGUAUUACCCUCGCAGAGACAUCCUUAAGAAGGUUGGAGGGCGCGGAAAGAAAGUGACUUGGCAAGUCACUGGCAUUGCCAAAUUCGAAGAUCGCAUCUGGGCCGCACGAGUGGCGCCCGUGACAGAUACUCAGAUAUAUACUCAAGAUCCCACGCCGUUGGUGGUUCUGGCCAUUCGAAAGGGGUCAAGGCAAGUCGAUGCCGCACGCAUCCAAAAUUGGCAACCUGUCGCGCCCGAGAAGGCCUUUAUGUUCGAAACUACCGUGGGCGACAAGGUCAUGCUGAAGAUCGAGGAUGCCGAUUACGAGUUCCAGCACAAGAACAACAACAGCAGUCAAAUCCAGUACCAUAAUUAUGCCUCGAAUGCGGCGCGAAACUCGAGAAAUAACCAAAACCACGACGCUAACGACGGCAGCGGUGGUGGUGCUGGCCACAACAAACGUAAAUAUGUCCAAGAGGACGCCGCCGCGGAUCAUCGCAACAAAGAGAACUCGAACUCUGCUCGGGACGAUGGUCGGGGUCAGGGUCAGAACCAAGGUGGUGGUGGUGGUGGCCACAGGGGCAAGUUUGCACAGCGGAAUUACGUUAGCAAAAGCCAGUUUAACAAUCGGAAUAAUACGCAUAACAACAAUGCGUCUGCCGGAGGUCGAAAUAAUAACAACAACAGCAAUAACAACCAGCAGCAACAGCAACAGCAACAGCAGCAACAGCAACAGCAACAGCAGCAACAUCACGGUCAAUCCGCCAAUUCUCGACAACGUGGUGGCGGAGGCAGCACUCGAGGAGGAGGAGGAGGAGGGCGUCAUGGCGGAGCAGGAUCAGGGCCCCCGGGAGGAUACAAGAGUCUGGAUGACUACGGACCGGGAAAUUACGACGGAACGACUGAGUCCAAGACCGGCGCUGGGGGUGAAAUGGUGAUGAACUACUAGAGGAGUGAACGAUGAUUCUCGGCGUCGGUUCAGAUUUCCCUGUGACUGUUGAAAUUGUAAGAGUUUUUUCCUCUUCAAUGAAAAAUGAUAAAGGAAUCCCUGGUAUGCAGAAUAGGGGAAUGAAGAGCAUUUCACUCGGUGGAGAAAGAAGUCAGAGUCAGGAAGGUGAACGGGACAUUCUGGUCGUUUAGUACUAGUGGUAUUAUCCAUGAUUAUGUCUACUAGUAUGUCUAUUUCGAUGUCCAUCUCGAUAUCUGUAUUCUGCUCAGGUAUUGAUUUUAUGUUCUGUGGUUUUUGAGGAUUAUCG